CGUCGAACGUCGCCAAGGACUUAAAGGUCCUCGCAUGGUCGUCCAAGUCGUCUUUUUCUACCAUCCUCAGUCACUAGUUUUCUACCGCACCUGGGUCCAUUGAGGGUUACAUUCCUUUCUCUUCUUUCCUCGCCGUUCUUUCUUCAGAUCACGUUGAACGUGUCUGUUCUAUUCGUCUUAAUCUACCGCGAGCCGGCGUCCAUUCUUUUACAGACACCCAUACCGUAUUCUACGCCCGUCUUCGUCUUCGUCGCCGCCAUGCGUUUCUCUACCUUGUUGCCAUUGCUGCUCGCAGCCGGUGUCACUCAGGCUCAGUUCGGGAAAGGGAAGGGGAAGGGCAACGGCGGGAACAACAACCAGCAGCAACAACAACAACAGCAGCAGCAGCAGGCAGCUCAGAACGGUCAGAACCAGAAUGGCCAGGACAACGCCAACAACAACGCCAACGGUGGCAAUGCCGACGCUCUCGCUCUUGACCCGAACAAUGUGCAGACGAACAGCCAGUCGGAUGGUCUGGAUGCGGGUGCUGAGGCGGGUCAGGCUGCCUCUGCCACUGAUGAAGCCAACUUCAUCAACUUCUGUACCGGCAAGACGCUCACCAACGGCCUCCAAGUCAAGCAGGGUUCCUGCAACGGUAUCGUGAUGGGUGACAUUCCUGCUUCCACCAACAUGAUCUCUGCCGCCUUCCAGAACCCGCAGAAUGGUGACGACAUUGAUGCCAACACGGCCAUCAACUUCCAAGUUCAAAUCGCCAACCUGGAGGCCGGGUCCUUCACUAACCCGGACGUCACCUACUACGCUGCUCCCCAGGCUCUUAAUGGAGGCAAUGUUGUCGGCCACACGCACAUCACAGUCCAGGACCUCGGCGACUCUCUCAAUCCUGCUACGCCUCCGGAUGCGCAAGAUUUCGUUUUCUUCAAGGGUAUCAACGAUGCGGGCAACAACCAAGGUCUCCUCGCAGCCGAACUCGCUGCCGGUCUUCCUAAUGGUAACUACCGUGCCUGCUCCAUGACCUCUGCCAGCAACCAUCAGCCUGUACUCAUGCCCGUCGCUCAACGUGGCGCUCAGGAUGACUGCGUUCGAUUCACUGUCGGAGCCGGUAAUGGUGGCAACAACAAUGCUGGUAACGCAGGCAAUGCUGGUAACGCAGGCAACGCGGGCCAGAACGCCCAGAACGGUCAGAAUGCAAACCAGAAUGGACAGCAGGCUCAGCAAGGUCAACAGGGUCAACAAGGUCAAGCUCAGCAAGGCCAGGCUCAGCAGGGUCAAGCGGGUCAAGCUCAGCAGGGUCAACAGGGUCAAGCUCAGCAGGGUCAACAAGGUCAAGCGGGUCAAGCUCAGCAGGGUCAGCAAGGUCAAGGCCAAGGUGGCGCCGGCAAGGGACGCGGCCGUGGACGCUUUGGUCGCAAGAAGUUCGCAGCUCGCGAAUUUGUCGCGUAAGGCCUAGGCUAUCAUGGACUGAAGGGGAUGCAUGCAUGGGAGUGACGGUAGAAGCAGAGACAGGUGGUUUGCAGUAUUCUUGUGGUAAUGUACUUUCUUCGAGAUUUUUGGGUCCGUCAUCGACAUAGAAUACGCCUUUGUUCUCGGGGAGGGUACAAAG